AGUUGUAUUAACUUAUUGUCUUUUUCUAUUAACGUUGAAAUUGCUGAUGAACUUGAACAAUUAAAAUCCGAUCAAGAUGAUUUAUUUAAAUAUAUAUUAGGAAUGGUGGCUGGUAUUAAUGAUAACGACUGCUUCACAGUCUUAAGUGAAAAGUUUUUUUCAACAGUUGUAAAA